AUGGGUGAACACGUCAAUGUCAGUCGAGUUUUUGGCGAAGACCCGGUGGUCGUUUGUGGCAUGGCCAUGAGACUCCCUGGGGGCGUAAGCAACGCGAAUGACUUUUGGGACAUGUUGAUGCAGAAGCGCUGUGCAUCCGUGCCCGUUCCAAAGGACCGGUUCGACAUCGAUGGAUAUUAUAGUGAGAGGCCACGCCCUGGGACUAUGCAAACCAAGAAGGCAUACUUCCUAAAUCAUGUUCAACUCGACCGGUUCGAUGCCUCACAUUUUUCCUAUGGUCGAAGCGAGCUGGAACAGAUGGACCCUUUGCAACGACUGCUGCUGGAGGUUAGUUGGGAGUGCCUUGAAAAUGCUGGCGAAACCGACUGGCAAGGCCAAACGAUCGGCUGCUAUGUAGGCUCAUUCUUUGAGGACUGGAGUGUCGAAAUGCAACGGGACCCUCAAUACUACAGCAACUACCCAACUGGCAAGUGGGACAUCAUGCUAUCAAAUAGAAUCUCGCAUGCGUUUGAUUUUCGAGGUCCAAGUUUGUUCCUGUCGGCGCCCCUUUCUGCCGCUGGCGCGUCCGGAGCUUUAGGAAAUAUCGCCUCCCCGGAUGGCGUCUGCAAGACUUUUGACGCCGCCAGCGAUGGAAUUGGACGUGGAGAGGCCAUCAAUGCAGUUUAUGUCAAGCGACUUUCGCAGGCCCUUCGCGACGGAAAUCCCGUGCGGGCCGUGGUCCGUUCGAUUGCUACCCAGCAUGACGGCAGAGAGCCCGGCCUGAUCAUCCCUAAUGGGUAUGCACAAGAGACGCUUAUUCGGCAUACGUACGACAAGGCCGGAAUCACUAAGUACUCCGAGACGUCCUUCUUCGAAUGCCACGGCACGGGCACGCGGAUUGGGGAUCUUACUGAAGUUGGAGCCAUAGAAAGGAUCUUCAGAGAAGAAGGCGUCAUUAUCGGUGCUGUGAAGCCCAACGUCGGACAUUCAGAGGGUGCCGCUGCCCUGACGAGUGUUAUCAAGGUGAUACUUAUGCUUGAGAAGGGCGUCAUUGCGCCCAACACCAACUUCAACACACCCAAUCCCAAUCAGCUUCGACUUUCAGUCGCCAGCAGCGAUGAGCCAAAGAAGCUUGUUUUCGUGUUCAACGGCCAGGGCGCCCAAUGGCCCACGAUGGGCAAGAAUUUGGUUCUGAAGAGCGCUGUUUUUCGCCAGUGUAUUCGUGACUUGGACGGCGCGCUCAAGAAGUUGAAAGCGGCGUGGACGAUUGAAGGGGAACUUCUGAAAUCGGAAACCGAAAGUCGUAUCAUGAAAUCGGAGUAUGCUUUACCGUGCAGCACCGCUAUUCAAAUCGGACUCCUCGCUGUCCUCCGAAGUUGGGGCGUGAUUCCGAAUAUAGUGACCGGCCAUUCCAGUGGGGAGAUCGCUGCUGCCUUUGCGGCUGGUGCCAUCACAGCAGAUGAAGCGAUCAUCGUCGCAUAUUUCCGAGGCUACAUAUUGAACAGAACCGGGACACAGCACUCCGGAGCUAUGGCUGUUAUUGGAGCCGGCUCCGAGUACAUUUUUGAGUGGCUACUACCCGGAGUAGUUGUCGCUUGCGAGAACAGCCAUGUCAAUACGACCAUCUCUGGAGACGCGUGUGCGGUUGAGGCUAUGGUGACAAAAUUCAAAGCAGGUGGUAUAUUUGCUAAGCUUCUUGAUGUGGACCUUGCGUUUCAUUCCGAGCAUAUGAAGGACUUCGGCUUGGCCUAUGAAGAAGCGAUUCGCCCGUUUCUCAGCGCUGCCGCACCUGGGAUACCUAUGUUCUCCAGUGUGACGGGGGAUCGCAUAAAUACCGCUGAUUCUUUGGGCGCUACACACUGGCACCAGAGUCUUGUGCAACCUGUGCUGUUUAAGAAGGCCCUCACAAACCUCUUGAAGCAAACCGAGACACCAAACCUUGUCAUCGUUGAGGUUGGUGCUCGCCCUUCUCUCAAGAGCCCAAUCAGACAGGUGAUGGAAAGCACGUCUGCCGACAAAGCCAGCUACCUUCCAACAUUAGAGGAAAACAAGGAUUGCCACGAAAGCCUUCUCAGACUUGCUGGCCGCCUCUUUUGUGAGGGCGUCAACUUAAAGUAUCAGGCCAUCACGCCGCGAGGGAAAACCUUGAUCGACGCUCCAACAUAUACUUGGGCCCAUGAACAGUCUUUUCAGGGGCAACACCGUUUGUACAGGGCGUACAGAGACUGCAAAUACCCUAUGCAUGAGCUACUUGGAAGCCAGGUGUUUGAAACCAGUGCUCUUGAGCCGAGAUGGAGGAAGGUACUGCUUCUUGAGGACAUCCCUUGGCUUGGAGACCACGUCGUCAACGAUAAGGUCAUCAUCCCUUUUGCAGCGUACAUAUCGAUUGCCGAACAGGCGCUUCGUCAAGUCAACGGAGGCGAUUUGGAGUCCUUCUCUGCCCAGGAUUUCUCUGUUUCCGCGGCACUGCAUUUGGAUCCUGGCCGUCCGGUUGAGAUACAUACCAGACUGCGGCGUCUUGGUUCCGAUGAGAAUGCGCCUCUCAGCUACGAUGUGCAAAUCACUUCCUGGAAAAAUAAUAUUUGGACGGAGCACUGCCACACAGUAGUUACCGCGGAGCCUCGUCGAGCCCACAAAGGCUUUGCAAAGCGCGAGUUUCCUCGCCAGCUAUCUCGAGCCACCUGGUACAAAGUUACGCAAGAUCUGGGCUUUACAUAUGGGCCCUCUUUCAGAAGGCUGGACCACAUUUCGGUCAGUCCCAGUGUGCAACAAGCAACAGCCCGUGUGAACCCACCGGAAAACACGUCAAAAGACUCAACCUCCAGCUACCUUGUGCAUCCUACCGCACUCGAUCAGUGCUUGCAGACUACAGGCAUUUCGCUCUGCCAUGGUUUGCAGCGAAAAGCAAAGUAUAUGGCCACACCUACUUACAUCCAAAGGAUCUUUGUUCGUCAGUACGCUGGGUCCUUUUGGGCGACGGGAAUGAUGGAUCAGGUUGCGCAGGACCACAUUUCCGGAACGGUUCACGCAUACGCAGAUGAUGGGGAGGAUGUUGUCGUCAUGGAAGGCAUUGAGGCCCAUCAGAUCAGUACUUCCUUGCAUGGCGAGACGGAGGCUCCUCCGAUUGUCAGCGCGCCUCACUGGGGUGCUCACGCAAGCUUCUUCCCUUUCCAGAUACUAAAUGAGGCUCCCUUCUUCGACGCGGAUGACAUCAAGAUUAUGCUGCACUUGUUACUUCUUCUAUUAUUGGAGAUGCAGUCGAGUUAUGCUCAAGUCAACAACAACAUUGACGACAUUCCCGACCAAGGCGUAACCAAGUCAUGGGUUGAUCAACAGAUUCAAAAGGCGCAGGAGGCAGGUUACGGCGUUCUGUCUCCGAGUACCUGCCGAAUCACUGUUCAAUACAACAUAGAAAACCGCCAAGCGGCGCAACAGAAGAUACGAGUCGAAUUACAGGGAAGCCGUCUCCAUGGCAUGGAUCUGACGAUGGAGAAGCUUUUCAAGAACCCCCUGCGGCAUACGAAGGAAACGCUCCGAGACUCCAUCGUGUCCCAAGGCCUCUGGUCGCUACGAGCUAAAAAGGUUUUAGAAGCUGCGAUGCCUAUUCUGACACACACGAAUCCUCAGCCAAAGAUUUUACAGAUCGGCUCAGCUGACGGGGCCAACAGUACAACUUUGACAUUGCUGGAGCUUCUCCAGCCAAAGAAAGGGACGCAGCUUUUCUCAACAUACACGUAUACGUCGACUUCACUAGACUCUCUAAAAAACGCAGAGGACGGCUUUGCAGAUAUCCGAGGCUUUGAGGUGCGAAGCUGGGAUGCCAUGGGUGGGGAUAAGAAUCUCGCUCAGUCGUAUGACAUAAUUGUCUGUGCCGACAUACUCUCUACCGAACGUGACACUUCUCAAGAAUUGCUACACAUCAAGCAGUUACUUCGCCCUUCCGGAGUGCUUAUUCUACUGGAGGCUCUUCUUGAUAGUCAUGAGCACAUCAAUACAUGCUCCGAGAACUAUCCCCAGGUUCUGUUCCAAAGCCAAACUCCAAACAUCUCGAAAGAUUCUCUGCUUUCUAUUAUCCGGGACCUUGGCUUCGAGAUACCUGAAGGUGACCAACACAAGGACAAGGUCCCUCCCAUCCUGCGGCUUCGUCACCUAAACCAGCUUGGGUCGAGCUCCUCAACCGUCAGCAUCGUCACAAAUAAGGAGAAUAGCGCCUUGAUUGAAAGUUUUAAGUCGAUGCUGCACAACUCUUCACUUCCUUUCCGGACAUACGAUGCAGGUACCUGUAUCAAUCAGCCUGCCUCGUUGCCUGCCGAGGGAACCCUCAUAUUCUUUCUCGACCUAGAACGCCCUUGGAUCUACCAUCUGACCGAAAGUGAAUUCUCCGCGCUUAUCCAACUUCUAAGCACCGGCAACACAAAACGCCCCAUUGUCUGGGUCACGUCGCUGUCUCAGAUCAACUGCAACGAUCCGCGAUUUGCUAUGGUUUACGGACUGGCUCGUACACUGCGAUCGGAGCUGAAGACCGACAUAACCAUUGUCGAAGUCGACCCGGGAGAUGUUACGAAUAGUGACGAAUGUGCAAGUUUUCUCACUCGCAUCGUCCAACACCUUCCAGACCGAUUCUUUGAUGGUUCACUCGAUCCGGACUUUGAAUUUGCGAUUACUAGGGAGCAUGGCAUCGUGGAUGUAAUCAUAGCCCAGGAGGCUUCUGAUUCAAACCAGGUCGUUUUCGGACAAGAAGCUGCUGGCAUCGUCACGGUCGUGGGCGAUGAUGCGUCUUCUUUCCAGGUAGGAGACCGAGUCGUCAUUCUUUCCACUGGCAAAGGCGCCGUCGCCAGCCAUCUGGAUGUCUUGCCGUCGAGUUGUCUGCGUUUGGGUGAGGAUUUCGCGUUUGAGGCCGCGGCGGCUAUGCCACUGGCAUGCGUUGCGGCCAAGUUCACAGUUGGAGAAUUUGGGAGAAUCGCAAGCGGAGACGUUGUCAUCGUGCUGUUUACUCUCAGCGAUCUGUGUCUCGCAACCGUCGAACUACUGCGCAAAAGAGGGGCAGAGAAUCGCUUCAUCAUCACGUCAGAGUCCGACAGACUGCUUUUGGAAAAUGCUUUCGGCAUCGCUGCAAACUUCAUCGUGUCAAACGCGCAAGAUGCUCCGUCGUGGCCAAAGGCAACCUGCAUGAUCGGAUUCGGCGGCGCUUUCCCUGACUUGGCGCUGCAAUAUCUGUCCCCUACUGGCAUCUUCCUGGACGUUCUAGAUCAUCCGGUCAGGGCUAAAGACUGCCAAACACUCAAGAUCUCUGCAAGUCAGGCACAUCGCAUCGUCAACAUGCAGGCACUUAGCCAUCACAGUCCAGAAUCGGUGCAAAGGGUAUGGGAAAUGUGCCAAGAAUACUUUAUCGGAGAAUCACAGCCAGCAGAUUGGGCACGACUUGCCAAGAUCUUCAAGGCAAAUCAAGUCCAUGAGGCCUUCCGUGCUGCUGAUGGACAAAAGAAUCAGCCAGCCACCAAGGUGGUGCUCCAAAUUCCAACAACCGACCCGCAGAGUGAUUUUCCGGUGUCUUCCGUUGAAGUCAUGCCUGCAUCUCCUCAGUUUCGUUCGGAUGCUGCUUACUUGCUUGUGGGCGGCUUGGGCGGCAUAGGCCGCGCUGUGGCAACGUGGAUGGCAGAGCAUGGCGCUGGGGAGUUGAUUUUCCUCUCUCGGUCUGCAGGCACAGGACCACAAGUUGAAUCUUUUUUGGGUGAGCUUCGAAGCCAAGGCUGUGUCGUCAAGGCGGUCGCGGGCAGUGUUGCGGUCUUAGAGGAUGUUACAAAGGCCGUGAUCGCGGCGGAUCGCCCCAUCGCUGGGGUGUUCCAAAUGUCAAUGGUCUUACGGGACAACGCAAUACUACGCAUGACGUACGACGAAUGGCGAGCAUGCAUCGAGCCCAAGAUUCAAGGCACGGAGAAUCUUCAUAAGGCCUUGGCGCGAUCUUCCUUGGAGUUUUUCGUGCUGUUCUCUUCUAUCGGCGGGCUAGUCGGGAACAUUGGACAAGCCAACUACAACGCUGCGAACACCUACCUGGACGCUUUUGUUCGGUACCGUCAUAAUCUUGGGCUCCCAGCAUCGGUCAUCGAUAUUGGGAUCAUGGGUGGCAUUGGGGUUAUCGCUAGUGCGGGCAACAUGCAAGACAGAGCCCAGGCGGCGGGAUACCACGUUCUUUUCGAGGAACACCUCCUGGAGGCCAUCACCAUCAGCAUAAACCAUUCUCGUCCAGGCCCAAAUGCCAGUCGAGACGAUGCAUAUUCGCAGCUCAGCCAAAUGGCCCUCGGUCUGUGGACGGAGCAGCACCUAGCAGACCCUUCGACACACGUCCUUUGGAAAAAGAACGCCCACAUGAGUGUGGCACACAGUAUCCAUCCAGAAGCCUUGGCUUCAAGAACACCAGAGCUUUCCACUACGAAAUCUGAGUUGGCAUCAAUCAUGACAAUUGCAAAGAGCACACCUGACCGCCUGUUACACGAGGAAACAAUCAGACUGAUCUGCAAGCUGCUUGGGACUGCUAUUGCACAAUUACUUGCGCUUUCCAGCGCUGAAAUUGGCCCAGAGUCUGGGCUGGAUGACCUUGGGCUCGACUCAUUAAACGCAAACGAGCUAACAAGCUGGAUAUCACAACAUCUGUUGGUUGACCUGCCAUUGCCUGAUCUCAUACAAUCGGCAACCAUACACGAUCUUGCGGGCAAGAUUGCUGGACUGCUGGAGGAUAAGUUCGGAGAAGCCCGGAUAUAG